AUGCUGAUGCACGAGAAACUCAUGUCCGGACAGUUCUUCAACGAUCUGAAGACUGAUCGCAAGCCCUUGCUGCACCACCACCACCAUCACCAGUACCACAACCACCACCACCACCACCAGCAGCAGUCGCCACAGCAGCAGCAACAGCAGCAGUCGCACCAUCAUCUGCAGCAACAGCAUCUGCAUCUGCAGCACAGCCAAUUGCAGCAGCAGCAGCAGCAGAGCCUGGCCCUGCCCAAAAUGGAUCUCUAUGCCGCCUACGCCUAUCAGCAGCAACUCCUUGGCGCUGCCCUCAGCCAACAGCAGCAACAGCAGCAACAACAGCAACAGCAGCAGGCCACAGUUGGAGGAGCUGCCUCCGCCGAGGUUCUGGAUCUGUCACGCCGCUGCGACAGCGUGGAGACGCCCCGGAAGACGCCCUCGCCCUACCAGACCAACUACAGUUACGGCAGCGGCUCGCCCUCGGCCUCACCCACUGCCACGGGCUCCAUCCCAAACAGCCUUCUGUACUCCGUCCAACAGCAGCAACAGCAGCUGGCCAGCCUCUAUCCGGCCUUUUACUACGGAGCCAACAUCAAGCAGGAGCCAUCCGCUGCACCCAAGGUGACGCCCAAUGCCACUGCCAAUGCCAAUGCCAAUGCCACGGCCACCGCCAGCCUGCUGCAGACAUUCGCUGCUGCCUCGGCGGCCGCUGCAGCUGCAGCCGUGGGGGCUUCCCCACGCCCGGCCAGCAAUGCCAGCACCAUGCAGAUCGAUGUCUUGGAGACGCCACAAUCGCCCACCACCGCCUCUACCACGCCCACCAGCAGCACCAUGACUGCGAGCAGCGCCUCCGACACGGGCAAGAGCACACGUCCCUUCAAGGCAUUCCCCCGCGACCCGCUGGUGAUUGCAGCCAACUUUGCGGCCACCGAUGUGCUGCUGGACAAUCCGCGCGUUGAGCGCUACACCGAGUACCGGAAGCGGGUGCUCGAACAGAUCCGCAACUCGAACGGCGGCUCCCGCACCGUGACGAACCCCAAAAUGCGCCGCACCAACUCCCGCAGCGGCAGCGUCAACGAGGGCAGCUCCUCGACCAACAACAGCGAGAGCGAGGAUCGUGCGGCGGCCGAGGAGUCCAGCGAUUGCGACUCGCAUGCCGGCAACUUCGAGUCAAAGUCCACCAGCGGCUCUCACUCAAACGGCAGCUCAUCGGGGGCGGCUAAUGCCAGCUUCCAGCCGUCCAGCGGCGGACAGGUGAAGGAUGCCGCCUACUACGAGCGGCGUCGCAAGAAUAACGCGGCGGCCAAGAAGUCGCGCGACCGUCGCCGCAUCAAGGAGGACGAGAUUGCCAUCCGGGCCGCAUACCUGGAGCGCCAGAACAUCGAGCUGCUGUGCCAGAUUGAUGCACUAAAGGCACAGCUGUCCGCCUUCACGGCCAAGGUGGCCACUGCCUAG